AUGUCGCAAGGGUGAGUGAGCGAUGAUGCUGUGUCUUGACUGAUUAGGAAGCUGAGGCUGUUUCGCACUCCUCGAAAUGGAAAUCUAGCCCCCGCGCUUGCAGACUCUACUCGUCACCAUCAGGCUGCCCCUAUGGUGACCGAUGCUAUUUUUCCCACGCGCAGGCACCCUCUGACACGCCAACUCGCUCGGACAAAACAAACGCACAUCCUUUCUUCCGUUUCAACGUUCCGCCUGGCCCCUCCAGCGCCGUGUCCAUACCGGGCACAAAGGCAGUCGCAGAAGGAAACGAACCGAUCAACUUUGAGCCGCCGCGACUUCAGCGCGUACUAAUGCAGACGCUACACACGAGACGAAGCAACGUCUUGUUUCCACGCAGCGGUAUCAGCCCCGAAGACGUGCAUCGUCGGCUGAACACCUUUUUGCGUCCGGCCUUCGAGUUUGAUCACCCCGAUCAGGCCAAAGUUCUCGGCUCUAUGCUGAUGUCGAUGAACUCUUGGGUGUGUAUGACCACGUGCAGGAAAGCGGCCCCUUCGAAGAAUAUCUCGCUCACUCCCUCGCAAGGCUUCACAUUUUUUCCACCAGUCCGACCACGCUGCGCGAGCUGAACUGGUCGCACGUAUGGCAGAUCGGAAUCGCUCUGGCGCAUCUACGCUCCGUAAGGUUUUGAUCGCAGACCACGAUUCCGUCACCACAUCUUUUGCGUCGCCCAAAAUGUCUUUUCAGCAGACCAUGGUGCCAGUGCUGUUGGUGAGUAAGCUAGAGCUUCGCGCAUGGACUGCGCUUGGAUUGAAACCUUGCUGUAUGAAUCCUUUGCAGUUCUUAAGCAGCGAGCAAGUCCUGGACUCCACUUCAAUCAACAGAUCGCACUUGCUGGGGAUCGUCGAGCUUUCCCUCGUCCCAAUGCUGGAGUCAAUCCAGUGCCACUUGACACUUCUGUUGAAAGCACGUCAGCUCAAGGCGCCCGGUAACUCGAGGAACUUCAACUUGGUCACAUACUUCCAAGUCGUUUGGCCAACGUGCAUUCUGCUAGAAGAGUGAGUCCAGCACGCUCAGGCUUUGAACGAGCGCUCUUUGAGUCGCUCAUUGAGCAUCCAAUGCGCCCACAGGUACACUAAGACAUUCAGCGAAGCAGCCGACUUUCAUCGCAAAGUGCUUUGGAGCUUCUGCGCCUUUCUGUUGAGGUGGCUGCAAGAGUGGCUCAAUCUUCUGCAAACAGGCGGCUUCGAUGAAGAUUUGUUCUCGUCACUCUCAACGAAGGAACAACAAUACUGUGUCAAGCAAGCAGAAGAAGUCCUUUUGCGUCUGCAGGCCCGGCUCACACCUGAUGUGCCAGAGCCUUCAGCAAAUUCUCGGCGACCCCAACUUCUCACCGACGUACCCUCGAUCAGUACAGGCCAACUGGCUUCGCUGCAUGCCGCUUGGGAGAGGACGGCCCCGGGCGAGCUCCGCAAGGCGGGUCGCCGCCACGAUAACGACCACGCGGAUAUCACCCGCAUCAAGAUUGGGCCCACGGCACAAGAACUCAGGUGUGAUGUUCCACCCUUUCUACCUUCGACGGUAGCUGGCGCGCCACACCAUCUGCCCGAGAAUUCCAUGGCUCGAGUGUGAGUCAAUUUGUGCAGCUUAUCUAUCGUCCAUGCUACGCUGACAGAUGCUCAGUCCCUGUGGCAGAAUCGACACUCAAUUCCGACUGCUUCGACACGAGUUCUUGGGACCCCUGUUAGAGACAUUGCCCCUUCUCAUCAAAGACCUCAGGCAGACUUUGACAGGCAAUGAUCAGGAGAAUGAGUGUUCGCGACUUCUUGCAUCACACGGUGGUUUGUACCGUGGGCCUGAAGACGGCGCGACGCUGCGUCUGUAUGGCGAUGGCGAGGUGAAGUUUUCCCAAAUCUCCAUUUCUGCAAAGGUCAGUUUUGGGAUCCGUCAUGAUGUGUGCGCCGCACGUCCUGCUCACAUCAUUUGCAGCAGGGGCCGGCCGUUGGUAUAAUUCUGCCAGCACCGGCCUCUCUCGACAUCAGAGAUGCUCACCGUAAAAACAGUGUUGCAUAUUGGCAGUCCAUCACUAAACACGGUCAGUGCAUGAAAGAAUUUUGCGCACCGUUCGAUUCGCAAUCGUGCUGAUGACGUGUUCGCUUCUCCUCAGGGCUGACCCCUGGUGCAUUGGUGGCAUACGUCGCCUUGGCCGACUCAGAAGCUGAGAUGACGGUGCAAUUGGGCACAGUAGUCUCCUACCUGGGAGAUCAGUGCAAAAGGUUCAUCGGCGCAGAUGGAUCGCUGACUAUAGACGUGCACUUCUUCGACAACGCAAUGCUCGAGGUCGCUGCUGGACACGGAGAAGAUUUGCGUGGCAUCAGCCUCAUUGCCGAGGUCUCGGGAGUUCUGUUCAGCACUGUUGAACCUUUCUUGCGCUCGCUGCAGAGACUGGCUGAUCAGGCAUGCGACAUCCCGUUCAGCGAAGUCAUCACGUCGCGGGCCGCUGGCUCACUGCGAGACGUAGAAAUGAAAUCACCCAACUACUCUCGCAUCCCAGGCUUCACAUUCGACCUCACGGGGCUUUUGAAGAAAUCUCCGCCUCAAGACCAAGCUUUCUUAGAGCUGCUCACCGCCAUUGCUGAGAAUUUGGACGAGGCGCCCAGCGAAACGACUGAGGAAAGGGAUUCGAGUACGGACGGCUCGACUGAUGGGGCCCAGGAUGCACCUACUCUUCACGUGGAGCCAGAGAACAUCCGUCAGCAAGCUUUGCUAGCUGAUGGCGUGCUCGACGGUUCGCAGAUGACAGCUCUGCUAUCGACGCUGGACACCCAGGUGUCUCUCAUACAAGGCCCGCCAGGUGAGUCCGAUGCUGCUCAGCUCCAUCCGAAGCUUCAGGAGUCAGGAUCAAACCUUGUGGGUGUCCGUUGUGCUGUCUCUAGGCACCGGAAAGAGCUACACAGGGGUCCACCUCUUGUCGACGCUCCUAAAUUCCGACAUUUCCCCAAUUUUGGUGGUGUGCGUGACCAACCAUGCUCUGGACCGAUUCCUAGAUGACUUGCAUAGACACGGCAUCAGCAGUCUUGUAAGACUUGGUUCACGAUCACAGCUUGGCACGAUCAGCGAGUUCAACUUAGACCGGCUUUGCGAGGCUGUCCCCAGGGCCCGAGGUGGAGAGUACGCUCGCGCUUUCAAAACCAUGAAAAAAGCGGAGCAGUCAAUGCUGGAUGCAGCGAAAGUUGCAAGCCGUGCUCAGUAAGUCGCCGCGAUUGAAGCGCUUGCCCCGCGCCUUCGCAAACACGUCCUCGUUUUAUUUUGUCAGUUGGAGCUACAAUUUGCUCCAGGAGCUCCUUGAAGACAAUUACCCGCGUCAACUCCACGCGAUCCAACAGCCACCCGACCACAUUGCUCAAUUGUGGAAGGAAUACCGGACCUGGUCGCGGGCCGACAAGCCUUCGUAUGAUGAGACGCUUUUAUCAUACUGGGGAUCACUGCAAGAUAUCGAACGUUCGGAUCAAGCAACACAUGUUCUGAACGACGCUGGCGUUCUCAGUUCCUCGACUGUCCCUCAACAGCGAGACGACGAUAACAAGAAGCCAGCGACGAACAUGUGGAAUUUGCUACAAUCAGAGUAUGAUAGUGACGACUCCGAGCCGGCUAAUGGCAGUGACGACGGCGAUGACGACUCGGACGUAGGCUGGUUCUGGAACAGCGACGAGUCCGCCGAGCUUGACAAGCGCGCGAUGAUGUCGACACUGGAUGCAGACGUCACACACAGUUCAUCCAGUCCUUCCAGCGCUUCACAAGCCAGUACCCUGGUGCGCCCCUUGGAAGAGCUUCUUGCGGACACGGAAGUGUGGACAUUUAGCCCGGCCGAGAGACAGAGGCUACUAGAGCAUUGGCAGGGCGAUUUGAUGGAAAUUGCGAUCCCCGAGAUGGAUCGCACAGCACAAGAGCUUUCAACCGCCAAAGCAGCUAUAAAUGAGCUGAAAGAUCAAGUAAGCACAGCUCGUGUCGCGCUGGUAGCCAUGCGCCGAUGCUGAGUGUUUAUGAUGACUUUGUCAGACUCGCCUUCAAGUUGCUCGAGAGGCCAAAGUGAUCGGGUGCACCACGACCGGCGCUGCACAGCUUUGCGGCCUUCUAGAGGUGAGAAUGUUGCCUUCAAGAAACGAGAAGUCACGCUCACGAAUCAAGCGCAACACCUGUCCCUUCUCAUGUCCAGCGAAUCAAGCCUCGGGUCUUGGUUGUGGAAGAAGCGGGCGAGGUGCUUGAGGCUCAUGUGCUCGCUUGCCUGACUCGAUCUAUGGAGCAGGGAUCAGCUCCGUCCUCAUAUCAACAAUUUUGGCUUAUCUGUUGAGAACGCGCGGGGCGGACAAGCCUAUCGCCUCGACUUGUCUCUCAUGGAGCGCCUAGCAUCAGAGUGUCGCAUUCCCAUGAGACGGCUGGAAGUGCAGCGUCGCAUGCGUCCAGAGAUCUCUGAGCUCGUCCGAGGCUUAUACGAAAAUUUGGAGGAUCACAACACGACCCUCGAUAGACCUGACAUCAAGGGGCUUGGCAAAAAUGUAAUGUGGAUAGUGCGUGAAGAUGCCAACGCAGGCUUCUCGCAUCGGACGGCCAUGAGCUCACAUCAUAGUGAUUUUACACCUCAGCAUCACACACACCGAGAAGAAACGAUGCAACACUCGACUAGCAAGUCAAACGGCUAUGAAGUGAGCUCCUACCGAUCGUAUGUCUUGAUGAAUUUACGCUGACUGCAGGACCAAUUUUGACUCAGGUGGGAAUGGCUGCCGCUACCGUUCGGCAUUUGCUGAACCAAGGGUACACAAAGCCCGGGGACAUAUGUAUCCUUGUGACCUACCUCGGUCAGCUGGCUCGGAUGCGGCAAAGACUCGCGUCUGAACACAUCUCUGUCAGAGUUGACGAGCGAGACGAAGCAGCUCUCCACGCCGCUUCUGCUAUACCCGACAGCGCUACCCUACAGCCUGAAGAGAUGAAAAUCAAGAACAUGUCCCUUGGCACGGCAGUCCGCAUCGGUACGGUCGAUCGAUUUCAAGGUAAGUGAUUUACUUUUAGACACACCGCCGGUCGAGAGCUCUGCUGAAAGUUUGUAAUGUGUUCAUCCAGGCGAGGAAGCCAAGAUCGUGAUCAUCUCAUUGGUCCGUAAUGAAGGUGACCUUAGUAGUUUCGAAGCAGCGCUUUCGUCUAGAAGCGCAGGUUUCGUCAAAGUGAGCUUGAUUAGAACUGCGUCACUCGAAGAGACAAGAUUAACUAUUUACGAGAUUACCAAUGACUGCCUUGCCUAUUCUGUGGCCCCAGUCUACCAAUCGCGCUAAUGUCGCUCUCUCGCGGGCGCGUGAUGCAAUGAUUGUGAUGGGUAACGCAACGCAAAUGGCAGUGCAGAGCCCAUUCUGGGCUACAGUCGUUCAGAAGUUCGAGAAGACUGGCAGUAUCCUUACCGGCCUACCGGUAGGUUCCACAAAGCGCUUUGCAACUUCGUUGCCAUACUGACGCCAUUCCAAAUCAUCAAACAGCUUCGAUGUGUCUCGCAUCCGGAUGAAGACUUCUUAGCAGUCAACCCAGAGCAGAUAGCGCACUGGGCGCCCGAUGGAGGCUGCGCUAGACCAUGUGGCAAGGAGCUUCCAUGCGGCCAUGUGUGCCCUCUGAAGGUUCGUUCCCAGCUGCCGGCUUGGAUAAGGUCUGUUUGAGGGCCGUUUCUGACCUGCAACUUUUCCUGACAGUGCCACCCACGAAGCCACGACGUGAGUUCCAAAUUCUUCUGCCAAAUCUCGAGCCACCAGAAAUCUAGGGCGUAAAUGCACACGGUCUUCCCUUCUUUGGCGACAGGACUUCGAUGUUCGUUGUCACUCCGAUUGCCGACGGCUGCAUCCUGGCUGUGAGCAUCCCUGCUCCAAAUCGUGCUGGCAGGACUGCGGGUAAGUGAAUAUGACAGCGAGCUCCCACCGCUGCUGAUGAGCUAUGCUUUGGCCGAUCAGAAAAUGCGAUUUCGAAAUUGCCGCGUUUUCCCUGCCGUGCGGUCACGAGGCCGAGCGCGUGCCGUGUCAUGCUGCAACGUCCGGCACUUACACCUGUCACAUCAUGGUAGAGAAGCAGGUGACUCACUGCGAGCAUCAAAUGCGUCUUCCAUGCCAUGUCGAUGCCUCCGCAGUGAAAUGCACUGUCGCUUGCGGCAUCACUCUGAUAUGUUGCGACCGUCUUUGUGAGGCGGAUUGCCAUAAUUGCCAGCAACUCUCUGCGCCCACCACGCAGCGCGACGACCACAGCGAGCAAGGCAUGGAUGAUACAAGUGAAAAGUCCGACUGCACGACACCGGACCUCGUGCCUCGUCUGGCACACUCAGAACACCAAUGCGGAAAACAACGCAAGAGCUGUCGACACAAGUGCGGGGCGAAGUGCAACAUGACCCACACAGGGAAAGGUUGUGGACCUUGUCGAGAGAGAUGCGACACGCAGACGUGCGAACAUCGCCGUUGCGAUGCCCUGUGCUCGGAUCCGUGCGUCAUCUGCUUGGAACCUUGCGCCUGGAGUUGCAAGCAUCAGGGCGCUUGUCCAGAGCCGUGCGGCACGGUGAGUCUGGCUUGGUGGACGUGUCAGGUUCCAUCAGGCACUGACGUGUCCUCAUUUCGGACAGCCGUGUGGACGAUUGCCAUGUGACGAAGCUUGUGACAAGUUGUUGGCCUGCGGCCAUUCUUGUCCCUCCGGUAUGUAUUUGAUUGGCUGAUGUGCGUGCCGCAGUGCUGACCUCCGCUCGCAACGCAGUCUGUGGAGAACCUUGUGCUCAGCAGCUCUGUCAAACGUGCUCAACGGACCACGAAAAACACCAAAUCGUGGAUCUGCUCGGUAUGAGGGCGCUUUUGGAUCUUGACAACACUGCCAGUGAUUUGUCGGAGCGUAUCAUUACUCUGUGAGUGCCGUGCGGCCCGCAUAUAAUCCUGUGACAUCUGAGCACUUUGCUGAGCUCGUGGCCACCUUCUCAGCACUUGUGGCCAUACUUUUACAGUGGAGACUCUCGAUGGGCACUGCGAGAUGCCUCUAUAUUUCACACAGAAUCCGAAAAAUGGGCAAUGGGACGGUUUACGUCAACCGCCUUCCGCUUUCAGCAAUGGUCCCACAUGCCCUACCUGUCGAGCACAGAUUCUGUCACCGAGGUACGGUCGACCGCUCGCGCGUUCACGUCUGGACAAGCACGAGAGGCGAGCGCUUGCUCGUCUCGGUGAGGAGCUCGAGAAGCUCCAGAGGCUUUGGACGUCUAUCGACGUUGCGAGCAAGAUUGACUCUCUCUUGUCCGAACUUCGCAAAUCGCGGGUGAAGGCGCCCAAAAUCGAUCAGCCAGCGAGCCACGCGUUGCGCUUCAUUUGUCGCGAUCGCCAGAAGCAGGAAUCGGAAGCGCUCCUGAUGACUGCACACAAUCUUACAAAUUCGAAGGCCUUUAAGGUGCCUUAUGAUAUCCACCAUCCGUGGCUGCGAGCUACAAGCGAGCUGCGCCACCUCUACGAGAAGGCUCGUCAGCUGAGCGAAAGCAAAAGUGAGUCGCACAGCUCAAGGACACCACUUCGAGCUCCUGCUUAUGUAAUGAUUUUUUCGGUCGUCUAGCGCAACUGGUCACCGUGAGUCCGGCAGAGGCCUUCCAACUUCGACAUUCGACGAACCCCAGUACGCUGACCUUGAAAACCUUUUGUCUUGAAUCAAAGGCAUUCGAAGCAGCCUUGAGCAAGGCAUACCAGCAAGCGCGCCCCAAAUAUCCCGACGACGAUCCGACCUCGGACGCAAGGGCUUUGGCGGAAGCUCAUCGAUGCGUAGCCAUGCCUCGACCUCAGGCCGACACACGAAUUCAAAUUGAGGCCAUGCUCAUGAUGUUGCAUGCGCGUGUGGCCAUGCUGCGCAUCGCCACCGCGCUGCAGCAGAUGCUUGACAAGGAGCGUUUUGGCGAAGCACGUCUGUGGCGAUUUCAAGUACGUCUCCUUUGAGCCUUCAAGGUCCACCUCAACAAGUACGCAGUCGCUGAUUCUACCUUGCUAUUUUGUCAACAGGUAUGUUUUAUGCUCGAGAGCUCGGGCUGUGAUGCCGCAAAGGUCAUACGCAAAGCGCGCGGAGCCAAAUCGGGACGACUGGAAAUGCGAGCCGAAUUGCUUCUGUAUCGCAUCGAUUUUGAGCAUACUCGAUUCUUGAUCGAGUUGGAGAAGACGAUGUCAAGCGGCUUCAAAGCGGGACCUUCGACAAAGAGAACAGCCUCCAAGAUCACAUCAAGACAGAAUGCAGCGAAUACGGAAGAGAGCCUUCAAAGAGCGCGCAAGAAGCUCGCCGCCGCCCGAGAGCGCGCAGAAGCCGCAUGGGAGGUUUUCACGGCCACGACGAGUCCGACUCUUUGCGAAGAAGGCGAGACCUUGUCUCGCGAGCUUCAAGCAAUGCACCACAGCGUCUCGGAGUGGCUGCUCGAGCUUGGACAGGGAGUCGUGCGCUACAGGCCAGUCACGCUCUCGGAAAAGGCGAUGAUUAUCAAAGCAUUCCAGUACGCCGAUGACGGACACUUUUAUCGCUGUCCGAAUGGGCACUCUUUUACGAUUGGAGAUGUGAGUAGCACAUCCGCAAGCGUUUCGCUCGCUCAUCAUCGCCAAAAAAAAGUUGCAAAUGAUUGGCCUGCGCCUGAUGUUGUUACCCUAUCAGUGCGGGCAAGCAAUGGAGGUUGCGACGUGUCCUGAAUGCGGAGAGGCGAUCGGAGGAGAGCAUCAUCGCGUUCUCGACGAUAAUUCAAGGUGCGUUUGCGAAACGCACUCGCUCGAUUCCGCUGCCGCUUGCCAGCUCAAAAUGGCAUUGCGCCUAUUCACAGAGAUGCCGAGCUCAUGGAACUUGCUCGAGCGACGCUCCGAAUGGGUUCGCUGAAUCCCAAGACGAGCCUUUCGAAGUUUUUCGGCAAGCCGGUCAAUACGCAGAACGCUGCACGAAGACAAGAGCAGAAAACAUACAUGCUGAUACAGAAGCCAGACGUCCCAACGACAAUGAUUGCGAAAGAAUGCUUGUAG